UCCCCUUAGCAACCAUAUUUUUUGUUGUGGGAAGGGAAAUCCGACAACUUUAAUAUUUGUUUACAGUGAUUACAUAAAUUGUUUUAAAAUAAAGACUUUUGUUUCAUUUGUUGAAACAUAGAAUAUUUUUGAGUUUUUUUAAAAUACUAGAUCUAUUUUUUGUAAUAAAAUGCCUCCCAAAGAAAGAAAAAUUGCUUUUAUGGGCUUUCGAUCAGUAGGAAAAUCCUCAUUGAUUAUCCAAUAUGUGGAAAAUCAGUUUGUUGAUUCUUAUGAUCCAACAAUUGAAAAUACUUUUUCCAAGACCACAAGAGUAGGAGGCCAGGAUUAUGAACUGCAUGUGAUAGACACAGCCGGUCAAGAUGAGUAUUCAGUCAUACCACAAUCUUACUUCAUCAAUAUCAAUGGCUAUGUAUUGGUCUACUCAGUCAACUCACAAAAAAGCUUUGAAGUGGUGAAACAUGUAUAUAACAAGAUCAUUGACAUGAAAGGAAGAAUUACUGUUCCCAUUGUUUUAGUGGCCAACAAAAAGGAUCUGCGUAUAGAAAGGGUUAUUUCUGAAGAUGAUGGAAAAAGACUAGCUGAAUCGUGGAAAGUUCCUUUUUUGGAAGCAUCAGCCAAAGAGAAUUCAUCAGUAAAAGAUAUUUUUGAUACAAUUCUGAACACUAUGAGACAGAAAGAGAAUGGGGAAACCCCAGAGAAAAGUAGCUGUGUUCUAUCAUAGUACACUAGUACUGGUUAAGGGAACAGAUGGCAAGGUAGCUAUGUUUUCUAUAGCUGCAUCGACAAUAACAUGAUCCUAAAGUUUGGCUCUAAAGGCUCGACGAUGUUUUAUCAAGUUUUAUUCUUGUAAUAUUUUUUGUUCAUUACUCCUUUUAAUGCAAACAUGUUAGUGUUAAGGUUACGAUGAAAUUAUUAUCAUGGGAUUAGAUAUUCUGCAUAGUAAUAUAAAUAGGACACAAAGGAAAUAAUUUUUUACUGCAGUCAGCCAAGGAAGGCAAGUAAAACUGCAGUGAAAUUGAUAAGUUGUGGGGUUUUUUUUUUGGUUACUAGUGUAUGUUUUAACAUGGAAGUGCUGUUGAUAUAGGCUAGUGUUCAUUCUAGCUUUGUUACUGGAAAACCUUGUUGUGUGAAUGCUAAUGCUGAAGAACCUGAGCUGCAUGGACAAGUGUGUUUUAGGCUGAUAGUAGUAUUUGUGUGAACUUUUGCAUCAAGACUAAUUGAAUUGUAAGAUACAUAGCAUAUAUGUGUGCCUCGUUUUGUCUUAUUCCAUGCUGGACUUGAAUUUGUUUUAUAUAACUGAAUUGAAGAAGAUUCAUGGUACAAAUCUAAUGUAUGAUGUACAGUUUACUUAAACAACUGGUUUUAGUUAACAGAUGGCAUUAAGAGUUCUCACUAAAUGUAUUGCAUGAUGCACUCUCUACCAAAGUGAAAUCAAUGUUUUGGCCACCUUAGCGGAGGUGAUGAUGGACAUUUUUGUAAGUAACUAUUGCAAUGUCAACAAUGUUGUUCAUGUGGACAAAGAUUAUAGACCUGAAGUAAUCCUUUUUUUUUUUUUCAUAAGUUGAUCUCUGCCCAUUGAUACAUCAAGAAACUUCUUUAUAUUAAGCUGUGUAUAAUACACGAUUAAAUGUAUACUCAAGUUAUGGCUAGUAGCACCAUUCAUAUCAAUUAGAUUAUUAGUUUCUGUGCCAUCUCAUAAGAGGCUUAACAUUGGAGCUGUGCAUUAAGUUUUUUGGUUUAUUCUUCAGAGUAUGAGCUUUCACAUGUUUUAGGAUUUUAACAUUAAAUCCAUUGGACUUUAUUAGUAAUUUACAUUGUAAAGAGAAAGUAGACUAGUUUUGAAAACCUUGUUUCAUCAACAUUUGUUUAAUAAGCUGCUCAGACUCGCUAAGGUUAAAGUUUAUUGGUUAGAUCAAGGUGAUAAUGGAAAUUCAAAGUUUGACCUUUUUCUGGAAUUUUUAUAGGAAGUUUAAGUACUUAGAUAUGUCUACCAUAUUGUAUUUAUACCUUUUGUUCUAUUUAAUUGUUAUUUUUUUAAACUGUUUAGGACUUAAGUAAAUUCUGUGUUCAUUACUUCAAAACUAAAUAUUUAUUGAAUAUUUUAGGAAUACAUGUCUUUAUUUAUACAUAUUAUAUUUUUGUUCAUAGUAUCUGAAGAUCAUACUGUGGUCUAGAAUGCUGUUUCCCCCAGUCAUGAAACUUUAGCUUUGUAUUAGAAUGAGCUAAUUGAUAUUGUUUUUAAACUGGUGUUCCACUGGCAUGUUUAGGUCAGAAACAUUUGGAUCACUUCAACUUCCUGAGUGAGAAUUGUUUGGGCUGUUUAGCAAUGAACAUCUGCUUGCUUUGUUUGUUGCUGUUUGAAAUGUUUGUUGUUUGCCAUUCUUCUUCUUCAUUCUCAUUUUUAUGCUGGAGUGUUCAGAUGACUAGACCAUUAUAUGAGAUGAACUGUGCAGUGGUUUCCAAAUCAGGGAGCUCUACGUAUAGUUUUCUUUGUAUUGGGGUGUUUUGGGGCCAGUGUCUUGAACAGGCCUCUUGGUAAAGAGAGCAGUCUUGGAGGACAUGGUCAGCUUUCUCUGGUGACACUCCACAAGGGCAGAUUUCACUGGUUUUAAUUUUGAGCUUCUGGUACAUAUGUUGUCUCAUUCUGUUGUGUCCGGUCCUGAGUCGAAAGAUUAGACGUUGAUAGCUUAUAAUAGGCAUCAUCUUUCUUGUGAUUCAGAUGAGAACGUGUCCAUUUCUCAUUUUUUUAUUUACUAUUAGUUUCUUCAUUUCUUCAGGAUAGAGUGCGAUGUUUAAUUGUGAGUUUUUUCUCCCACUCUUGGCGAGUGUGUCAGCCUUCUCAUUUCCUUCUAGUUCUAUAUGUGCUGGUAUCCAUUGAAUAACAGGUUUUUUCUCUGUUGUUGUUGAGCUUUAUAAGUGCUGUCCUGAGUCGUUUUAUAUAGGAGGAAUAGAAUUUUCCAAUCUUUGUAGGGUUGUUUUUGCAUCGGUUAGAAAGACAAUCUGACUGUGUGGGGUACUUGGAUGAUUUGAUAGCAUGGUAGUAGCUAGUUCUAGUGCUUCACUUUCUGCUCUGUGUCUGUCAGAGAGCUCUCCAGUUGCAAUGGAUUUUUCUAGUUUUUCUCCAUCCAUUCGAUGAGUAUUCUAGCUCCUCCAUUUGUGGUGGCUUUAUGGGAUGAGCCAUCCGUGUAAACUCUGAUCCACUGAUUGCUAGGAUAAUGAGUUUGUAGAAAACAGUUCACUAUUUCCUUGAGCUCUGUUGGAAUGUAGUUAGAUUUUUUGGUUAUAUUUUCAAUAAGGUCUCUUAUAGUAGGAAGAGCUUUCGUCCCAGGGUGGAGAUUCAUUAUGAUGUUUCAUGGAUUCCAGAGUUAUUUUUUCAUUUGGUGGGGUUUUUUAGGUUUAGAGAUUCCUGUAUGUAAUAGGUCCUUUUGAGAUGGUUUUUAGUGCCAGUUUUGUGGAUUUUUGUUUUGAGUGGGUGCCUCUCCAAGGUUUCCAAUUUAGUGAAUUGGGAAAGGAUUUUUAUUUCUCUUCUUUCAUCCAGAGAGAUCAGGGCAACGGUUUCCACCAUAGCUCUUAUGGGUGUUUUUUUUAAUCGCUCCUGUUAUUAUCCUUAGACCAAUGUUUUAAACCUUGUCUAUUUUUCUUAGGUUGGUUUGGGCUGGUGAGCCCCAUUCUAGAACAGGUCUAACGUAACUGGUGUAGGUCUUUUUCAGGAUGUUGUGAUUAGCUCCCAAAUCUGUGCCAGCUAAUUUUGUCCUGAGAUAGUCUCUGGAUGCCUUUGUCAUGAUUUAUUUGGUCUUUUUGCUUCAUAAUCUAAGUAACAAUCUAAGUAACAAUCUAAGUAACAAACAUUGCUAAAGGUAUAAAUAUCUAUAAGGAAAGAGAAAAAAAAUGUUAACUGAUUUAUUUAUUUAUUUUGACUUUAAUUUCAUUCUUAAUAGUAAUAUGCAUAGUGCUUUAGUCCAAUAGUUUACUUUUAUUAUAAUCAAAUCUAUGUACUGUGUAACUCAUGCCAUACAAUGCAAUGUUUCUCUCUAGAGUUUAUAUUACUCAUCUAAAUUUGACUAUAAUUGGUUCGUUGCUAAUUAUACUUGUUUUAGAGCAUUCAAUUCUUUCAGUUGUGUUAACAUUUUUUUUUAUUCACCUGGUAAAAUAUUUUGUUUGUGACAAGUGAUAUGUGCACAGCUCCUGAUGAGUCUGUUAAGUGAUGAGUGAUAUGUGCACAGCUCCUGUUGAGUCUGUUAAGUGAUGAGUGAUAUGUGCACAGCUCCUGUUGAGUCUGUUAAGUGAUGUCAUGUCAUUCUUUCUGUUUUCAUUCUCAUAGAUGUAAGUUUUUAUUUAUCAAUCAAAGUAAAGUAUGGCUAUGAAGUGUGUCCAUUAUAUCAUAUGUUUUUAAAGGAAUCAAAGUGAACUCAUUCUGUAAAUAAAAUUUCAUUCAUUCUU